AUGGCGACGUCGGGCGGGGACGCGCCGGAGCUCGCCGGUGUUCCUCCUUGCCCCAUUUCCUCUGCCAGGAUGGCGCUGAGUGGGGAUCCGUUCAGAUCUGCCGUGAUAACAAAUGUUUGUAAUGCUGCGAGCGCACCUGAAGAAAAUAGGCUUGCUGGUGACAGCAACACCAUUUCAGAAAAUGCCCAGGAAUCAUUGAGUUCUUUACCAGAACAAGAGUCAAAUGAUGCUAGUGUUAACACAGAAAAGAAAGAACCUGGCAUUUCAAAAUGCAAAUCGGUGGAAGAAAUACCAAAAACAGUGACCGUAAAGAGGUGCAAGAACAUUGAUUCAAAGAAAGUCUCCUCAAAUAACAAUAAUAAUCCAAGCUUUACUGGCAGUCCAGCUCUGAAAAAGCAGCCAACAAAGGGGGACCAUCUUUUUCAACUAUGUGAAAAUGGAAUGUCUCCAGACACAAAGCCUCCUAGCACAAGGAUAUGCAUAAAUUCAGCGUGCAAAGCUGUCUUCAACUCAGAUAAUGCAUUUUGUAAGAGGUGUUCAUGUUGUAUUUGCCAUGGUUUUGAUGAUAACAAAGAUCCUAGCCUUUGGCUGGUAUGCUCAUCAGAGACUGGUGAUCAGGAUUGCUGUGGAUCAUCCUGCCACAUUGAGUGCGCACUCAAACACCGAAAGGCAGGAUGCAUAGAACUUGGACAAUCUAUACAGCUUGAUGGUAACUACUGCUGUGCUGCAUGUGGCAAGGUUAUUGGAAUACUUAGGUUCUGGAAGAGGCAGCUGGUAGUUGCUAAAGAUGCUCGUAGAGUUGAUAAUCUCUGUUCCCGCAUAUAUCUGAGUCAUAGACUUUUGGAUGGCACAACACGUUUUAAAGAGUUGCAUCAGAUCGUAGAGGAUGCUAAAGCAAAGUUGGAAAGUGAAGUUGGCCCCCUUGAUGGUACGUCAUCCAAGAUGGCUCGUGGUAUUGUAGGCCGGCUGCCUGUUGCUGCUGAUGUGCAGAAACUUUGCUCUUUAGCAAUUGAAAAGGCUGAUGAGUGGCUUAGUUCAAACAUUCAAUCUGAAGCAAAACAAAAUGAUACACUCCCAUCUGCCUGCAGGUUUAAAUUUGAAGAUAUUACAGCUUCAUCUUUGGUGUUGGUUCUCAAGGAAGCUGUUUCCUCGCAGUAUCAUACUAUCAAAGGCUAUAAACUCUGGUACUGGAAUAGCAGAGAAGCGCCUUACACAGGGGAGCCUGCUGUUUUCCCCAAAGACCAAAGAAGGAUUCUUAUAUCCAAUCUGCAGCCCUGCACAGAGUAUUCCUUCCGUAUUAUUUCAUUUACUGAGGAUGGUGAACUGGGCCAUUCUGAAUCAAAGAUCUUUACCAAGAGUGUGGAAAUUAUUCAUAAGAACACAGAGCACGGAACAGAAGGUUGCUCAUCCUCUGCCAAGAGAGCUGGUAAGAGACAAAAUGUUAGGUCAUUAGGAUUCCGGGUGCGUCAGCUGGGUAAUGUAUUCCGAAAAGCACAAACUGAGGAGAAUGGGUACCCCAGUGCAUUGUGUAAAGAUGAGAUUGAAGAUUCAUGUGAUCAGAGUGAUUCUGUGAUACCAGAUAAGGACCAGGUUCCACGUGGCGCCUCCCGCAAGCUCGAUCUCAAUGAGACCUCAGUCCCAGACCUAAAUGCAGAGGUAGUCAUGCCAACAGAGUACUGCCAGAAUGAGAACGGCUGUAGUUCUGGGAAGAAUGCAUUCUCAAAGUCGAAUGGUUGUGGUGACUCUGAAACUUGUGCGGAGGGGCAUAUAGGGGAUGCACCAGCCAUGGAAUCCCGGUCUCAGAGUCGCAAGCAGGUAUCAGAUUUGGAGCAGGAGACCUGUGUUGAUGACAGUAAUUUGGUGGCUCGUGCAGCUAGGCUCUUGGCACCGAAGUUAGGCCAGUUAGAUGACAACUAUGAAUACUGUUUGAAGAUUAUACGUUGGUUGGAAUGUUCCGGCCUCAUUGAGAAGGAUUUCAGGAUGAAAUUUCUAACCUGGUUCAGUCUGAGAUCGACAGAGCAGGAGCGGAGAGUUGUUAUCACCUUCAUCCGCGCCCUGAUUGAUGAACCCAGUAGUUUGGCUGCGCAGCUGUUGGAUUCCUUUGAAGAAAUUGUUACCAGUAAGAGGCUAAGAACUGGUUUCUGUACUAAGUUGUGGCACUAA